GGAUCCUCGAGAUAACGGAUCCUUGAUAGCACUUGAACAUCUCAUGGAAGAAUUUUUUAAUCCGCAUACAAGUAAUAGUAGGAAACAUGACAUUGAACAACAGUUGAAUUAUUUUAAAUCUUUGCCAGAUUUGUGGAAAUACUGCAUUUAUUUUCUUACUAAUACUUCCAACCAAUACGUAAAAAUAUUUGCCUUAUCGAGUUUAGAAACUGUCAUUAAUCAGCAGUGGUCUAAUACAGAAUGGUCUUCAAAAGAAGAAAUUAAAAGUUUACUUCACAAUUAUUUAGUAGAACAGGGACAUUCAUCUACUCAUUUUUUUAGGUCAAAAUAUGCUAAAUUAAUAGUUGAUAUAGCUAAACAUGAUUGGCCCAAUAGAUAUCCGCAUUUUUUCAACAAUAUUCUGGAGUUGUUGAGAACUGAACCCAAUCAGUUAGUAGGCUUAGCUUUAUUAAAAACUACUAGUGAGGAAUUCAUGGGAAUACAAGCAACUUAUAAAAAUAGUAGUAGAAAAGAUGAAAUUAUAAGACUGCUCCAACAAUACAUUCCGGUAGUUUUUGAGAUUUUAACUAAUAUUCUAGACAAUUUAGGUACUAAGCCACGUCAUACUUCCACUGCCACACCACCACCGUCGCCAGCACAUCCAUCAUCGUCACCAACUUUGUCUCAGCAUUUGGGCUCUGCCCUUUUCAGGCCUGAUAUCAAAACAUUAACUAAAGAAGCAUUAGAAACUGUCCAACAUCUUUUUACUUGGGUCCCUGUGCAGAGGAUACCUCCACAAAUUAUUAAAGCUAUUUUUAGUUUUACCAAUGUUUCUUCAUAUUCUCAGGAUGAUGAUGAUAUGUGCGUACUUGCAAUGUCUGCAAUAAAUGAACUUCUUUAUAGAAAAUGCACUCCGCCAGACACUCAAGACUUUUACUUCCAGUUAUAUCACCAAACUGUAGACCUACUAAAAGAAAUUACAAGUUCAUCUAAUAGAAUUGAGUCUCUAGAUCCCGUUUUUAUGGAAAAAAUGUCGGAACUUUUAGUCCUUCUAAUCGAACAUCACUUUUGGAGACUGGAAUCUGAACCCGAAUUUUCAGCAUUAGAUUUAUUAUCACCUCUAUUUCAACUUACCCUGCAAUUGAUCUCCAUAAGAUGUUAUUUUUGUUGUUUAACAGUUUGGGCAAGUUUUGCUAAGCAAAUCAAACCCCAAAAUGCCAAAAAAUAUUCAGAUGUUUUUAUAACAUUAGUCACAGCGUUGUUAAAAAAAAUUCAAUUCACUUAUAAUUUUAACCAAUUGAAUGUAAUAAAUGAAAUAGAUAUGGAUGAAAAUAAUGAAACUGAAUGGCAAGUGUUUCUUAAAACCACAAUCGAAGUUAUUGCUAUUAUUGCUGAAUAUUUUCCAUCAGAAACUUUUGGAUUAGUUCUUUCUCCUUGGAAGGUUUCUUAUGAUAUUUUUCGCAGCUUAGAACAAUCACUAGACUACCAGAAUUCUUCCCUAAAAUUGAAUGUGUCAGAAACUGAGAGACUAUGCUAUGUUUUCAAAGAUUUUUCAUCACUUACACAAACUCUAACUAGAUUAUCAUCUGUUUAUAUCGACCAAACGGCGGAGGGCUGUCAAUCACCUACUACAGUAAUUAAUAGUAUUUUAGAAAAGAUUUUAGAAAGUGCCUCUUUAUCUAAUAAGGCAAAUUUUUAUGAACUCAUCACUAGGGAGGGAGAUACAAGACUAACCUCAAGCUUUGUUGAACUGCAUAGUCAACUUUUGGCUGCAGUACAAACACUUCUUUCUUGGACAACUAGAAAAAGUAUCCUAAGCAACCAUGUUCUAAAAGCAGUCUUAGAUAUUACCCUUCCGGUAUUAAGAAAUCAACACAUAGUUCCGUCUAAAAUAAAACAUGCUGCGGCUCACCUCUUGCUCUCUUUUACCGAUAUAGUUUUCGCUCCAAAUUUAAUAAUUAUCCCUUCAGUUGUACAGUUCAUUCAUGUCGCACCUAGUCUAACGUUUUCUGAUAAACAAACAAAUUGCAUAGUGAAUAAUUCUGUUAGUAAUUUAUUAUUAAAACCCUGGGGAGAAUUGAGCCAUGAAGAUUCUCUACAAAGGAAUGCUUUUAUAAGCACAUUUUUUGAAAAUCUUACAAAAGAUUUUAGAGAUCUAAAUUUAGAUUCUCGAGAAGAUCGAAUACAGGACGUUAUAGAAAAUACUCUUCCCUCUUUAUCUGUGAUAGUCGAAAGCUGUCGACAUUUUCCUAUAGCUUCGAAAAAGUUAUUAACCAUCGCUUUAAAGCCUACUAUUCAUCAUGGACUCUAUAUGUUUCCAAUAUUGGUGAGGGGCAAAGAAGCCAGUAAUUAUGUUUUGACGUUUUUCUUGAGAGUUAUGGCAGUGUUGCAGCAACAAUUGGGGAUUGAUGAGACUAAAAAUGCUGUUCAAGUGUUCAUGCAAGUAACAAUGAAUGAAGGUCAAGCUAGUUCUGUUUGUGGCCUCGACAAACUACUACAGAUACUACAGUUAGUCAUCGAAGCACCAGGAAAUGGCUAUAAAACGUUUUUACCAGGUAUUCUUCAAUUAUGCAUGGAAAAUAUUUAUCCAUUGAUAGUUUCUCAAGGAAGUAAUUCACCAGACGUUUCUGUAGCUUUGAUUUCAUUAUUAUACAGUAUAUUACUUCACCGUUGGCAGUAUUUUUAUGUAUCACAAGUCCGAUUGGGUUACUCACCAGGAUGCAGUGAUUCUGACCCUGGUGUAGAACAUCCUCAAAAACCGGAACAAUUAUUAGCAGUGUUACAAGUUUUCGGCCAAGCAUUAUUACAACAAGAUUUAAACAUAUUUAGAAUUAGUUUAGCUGCUUUAGAAGAUCUUAAUUCUAAAUGGAAAUUAUAUCACAAGAUGCUUUUUCGCUGCCACCUUCUAGCCGAAUUCUUGACCGUUCUUAUUAACUGUUUAUUAGACAAAUCUCAGUCAUCUUUGAUGGACGAUGUCCAAAUGGCUAUAUAUAAUAUGGCGGCUGUGAAUUUCGAAGGAUUUUACUCGACAUUCCUUAAAAAGUUUGUACAAAGUAUGGAAGGAAUAUCAAAUGAGCAACGUACCAUGUUAUUGGGAAAUUUUCAGCACAAUUAUGACACUGAUAUGCCAACUUUUGUACAUAAUUUACAAAGUUUCAUGAAUGAAGCUCGUCAUCUUAGGAUGUGCAAUAUAAAUUACUCGUUAAGUAGUUGUUAG